GGACAGCCACUGACUUGUUUGGAAUUUAGGAUUAAGUACUUAUGGAGAAAUGCUCCUGACUGGAUUUCUUAAAGACCCCUAGACGCCAAGUUUCUCGGAGCAGUACUGGACCCCUGGCCCCUAUGGAGCCCCCAAUCCCCCACAGUAUCCCAGUGAGCCCAAGCGCAGUCAUGGUCCAGCCCCUGCUGGACAGCCGCCUCCCAUAUGGCCGGCUGCAGCACCCUCUCACCAUCCUGCCCAUUGACCAGAUGAAGACGACCCACGUAGAAAACGAUUACAUCGACAACCCUGGCCUGCCUCCAGCAGCGGGCGCUAAGCGGCCCAGGGGAGGGUACCCCGAGCCAGCCCCUGGCCUCUCUCGAUGCGACCAGGAUGUCACCCACCCCUGGAUCUCCUUCAGUGGGAGGCCCAGCUCCAUCAGCAGCAGCAGUAGCACCUCUUCAGACCAGAGGCUCCUGGACCACAUGGCCCCGCCUCCUGUGGCUGACCAGACUUCCCCCAGGGCAGUGCGCAUUCAGCCCAAGGCCAUCCACUGCAAGCCCCUGGACCUGAAGGGGAUGCCACCCCAGGAGCUGGACAAACACUUCCUGCUCUGUGAGGCCUGUGGGAAAUGCAAAUGUAAGGAGUGCGCCUCUCCUCGGACUUUGCCCUCCUGCUGGAUCUGUAACCAAGAAUGUCUCUGUUCGGCCCAGAGCCUGGUCAAUUACAGCACCUGCAUGUGCCUGGUGAAGGGGGUCUUCUACCACUGCACCAACGAAGACGACGAAGGCUCCUGCGCUGACCACCCCUGCUCCUGCUCCCACUCGAACUGUUGCGCCCGCUGGUCCUUCAUGGGGGCUCUGUCUCUGGUGCUGCCGUGCCUGCUCUGCUACCUGCCGGCCACCGGCUGCGUGAAGCUGGCCCAGCGUGGGUACGACCGCCUGAGCCGGCCAGGCUGCCGUUGCAAACACACCAACAGCGUCAUCUGCAAGGCAGCCACGGCAGUGGACAGCGGCAAGACCAACAGAUCAGAGAAGCCUUUCUGAUUUUCCUCCCUCCCCACCUCGUGGCCUCUCGGGCUCUGUCUGUUGCUGACCGGUAAACCUUGCCAGAGAAGACUGCUGAGGGGCCAGGUCUUCUGCGUCCCGAGGAUCCUCGGUUC